UGCCAGCGUGCCGCUGCCGCGGGUCUGAUUCCGAUUGCUCAUGCGGUUCGGUUCGCCUUACGAUGGUCUGAUGUUGAAAAAGUCGUGACAUCUUUCUCGAGACAGACGGUUUCAGAAACAAUCAGACGCAGAGCCAGACCUUCGCCACGGCGAACCGGGAGCAGAUCCAACCUGCCCCGCCAUGUGGUGUGACGAGCAUCUAUCCAUAUGCCUGCGCCAACGUGUUGGCAACCGCAGACCUGGAAUAUGCAGAGAUAUAAUGCAUCUACGUAGCUAUCUUGUGUACACUACUGCGCAGGCGGUGGUAUGUCAUGGCUACACUACUAGUAGAUAUCGGCAAGUGGCUUUGUCCAAUCAAGUACCGCCGAGAUCAAGCAAAUACCGGUACCUAAACUUGCGCUUAUCUGUGUGUUAUCAGGGCAAACGGCGUAUACGUAUGUAUGUAUGUAUAUACAUGGACCUAACGGACGUACACCACCUGAUUAUUAUUGCCACAGGCGCAUUGGGACGUUUUCUCCUUCUCCUAGGAGAAGGAAGAAAACAAGACAAGUCUAGACAUCCUGUCUCCCCACGCACCACACAAGCACAUACCCUGGACCCUCAUUCGCGCGCGGUCUCAGUCAUGAGCGUCAUGAAGACCACGGCAUUUGUAAGAGCGCCAUGAUACCUAAUGGAGGGAGGGCUCCCCGAGGUGUCUUUCUCCGCGG